AGUCAAUGUGCAGUACUGAGAGCAACUGAGAGGUUCGACCGUAUGGGAGCUUGAAGUUAUUUUGACAGGCUGCGUCACGAAUUUGUGUAUUGCUCGUCAUUGUACAAAUUAUUACUUAAACGUGAUUUUGUUGAAAGAGUGUCGUGUCGUCGUGAAUGAACAGAAAGUUCUAUCUUGAAUAAAUAGCGACUGUUUGAGGAAACAUGCGAUUGUAUGCUCAUCAAUUGUCAACAAGAUAAUGUUUCGCAUAAGAAAUAAUUGUCGUGUAAAAUAUCGGUCGUGUCGUUGCAUUUCUUAAAGUGAUAAAUAUAUUCGCAUUAACGAGCAAAAAUGGCACUGGUCAACAUUGAAGGGAUUGAUCCCUGGCUUACUGAGUACGAUGCCUGCGAGAAGCUGUUCCGUGAGAUCAUGGAGCAGUUAACCAUGCGUGAUUCAGAACCAAAGACUUCUAAAGUUUAUGCCAGCUUGUCAGCUAAUAUAAGAUUACGUAUGAAGCAAUACACAAGGGAGGUUCAACAAUUGAAGAGCAAAGUGGAAGAAGCUUCCAAGUCAAGAACAAUGUAUCCUUUUAUCCUUAUAACCUUUGAAGAAGCUGAACGUAGAACAAGACAGGUGGAACAAUUGCAGAGCAGGGACAUUCAGUUACAACAAUUAUACGACCCGCGUACGAAGGAUUACGCGUCGUCGCGCGCCAGCUUAUUAAAAUCCGGCUCGUCGGCUUUUGCCGACGGUGGCACGACUUCUUGGGCUGCCGACGAGGACGACGAGAGACCAUUGGAUGUACACGUGACUGUCAGUGAUCUUAUGAGCCAUCAGGAGCAAGUGCUGAAAGAGCAAGACAAAGGCUUGGACGAGCUGUGUAAAGUGAUAGCUCGUCAAAAGGAAAUUGGACAGACUAUUAGCAAUGAAGUAAAUCAUCAAAACGAAAUAAUUGACGAUCUGGCUGAUCACAUGGAAAGGACCGACGAAUCAUUGGUCAACAAGACUCAGCAAGUCCGUACUAUUCAUUCCAAAGACCGCACUCUUGGCUAUUGGGUGGUGAUUGUUCUACUUUUCGUCGCUAUCGUUGUUCUUGCUUUAGUAUAAAUAAUCUUGCUUUAGUAUAAAUAAUCGAAAGACAUCUCUUUGAUUUCAAGAUAUCUAUAUCUAACAUACAAAGGUCGGAUACUGCACUUAAGCAUUUUUAUGGGUAUACCAUACACGGGAACAUAAAUUGUGUUUUUAAAUAACUCAUAUAUUAGCUAAGGAUGAUUUUAUCUUACAAUUGUUGAGGCAGAUUACGUCAGCAUUACGUUAUGUACAAAUUAUGUGUAUAUAAAGAUAAUAUAUUGAUAUUCUAUAUCAA